UGGGGUGUGGGGUUAUGAGUGCCUAGUUUUCCAUACCAGGGUAAAUCCGAGCUCCACCUCGUUUCCCAAAUCCUUAUGCGAACUUUUAUAAAAUUCCGUAUAUUUCCCGUUUUAUGUCAUGGGGGCGCUGCUGACUGUCCAUAUAAUCGCCGCUCUACUAACGCACAAUGCGCAUGCGCGAGAUGAGCCUUUAAAGCCGGUAUGCUGCGUGAUGCUGAUGCUGCGGUCAGUGUUUGGUCACUGAGACCAACAGCACGUUAUCCAGAGCGUUAAAGACUCCGAUCUCACUGCAUCUCUGUUCUUUGUCACUUAUUAAUAGUCUGCUUGAAGCCGAAAGUGUUUACAGUACACAGGUGGAGAGUUUGAUUAAAUUAGGCUUUUAGACUGGAUUUAUUUUUCAAAUAGUCAUGUCUGAGAUGUGCGACUGAUCUCUACACCGCAUCAAGUUUUCCUCCGAGCUUGAACUUUUCAGGACCUUCACCUUUUCCUUACUUGGUCAGGUUCGACAUGGUGGACGCGGCGGAAUGCGGAGUCAAAGUGAUGUGCCGAUUCAGGCCACUGAACGAGUCGGAAAUCAACAGAGGAGACAAAUACAUCCCAAAAUUUAAGGGCGAGGACACUGUCGUUAUUUCGGGUAAGCCUUACGUGUUUGAUCGAGUUCUUCCUCCAAACACAAACCAAGAGCUGGUCUACGAUGCCUGUGCUAAGCAGAUCGUUAAAGACGUUCUCAAUGGAUACAACGGAACCAUUUUUGCCUAUGGCCAGACUUCAUCUGGCAAGACCCACACCAUGGAGGGGAACCUUCAUGACUCGGCGCGUAAAGGCAUCAUUCCUCGCAUCUCUCAGGACAUCUUCGACCACAUUUACUCCAUGGAUGAGGACCUUGAGUUUCAUAUCAAGGUAUCUUACUUUGAGAUUUACUUGGACAAAAUCAGAGAUCUGUUGGAUGUUUCUAAGACCAACCUGGCUGUGCAUGAAGACAAAAACAGGGUACCGUAUGUCAAGGGCUGUACGGAGCGCUUCGUGUCCAGCCCGGAGGAGGUGAUGGACGUUAUCGAUGAAGGCAAAGCCAAUCGUCAUGUCGCUGUCACAAAUAUGAAUGAGCACAGCUCACGCAGCCACAGCAUCUUCCUGAUUAACAUCAAGCAGGAGAACAUGGAGACUGAGAAGAAGCUGAGUGGGAAGCUCUAUCUGGUGGAUCUGGCUGGAAGUGAAAAGGUCAGUAAAACAGGAGCAGAAGGAGCCGUCUUGGAUGAAGCUAAAAAUAUCAAUAAAUCUCUCUCAGCUCUAGGCAACGUCAUCUCAGCACUGGCUGAAGGCACUAAGACGCACGUGCCGUACAGAGACAGUAAGAUGACGCGAAUCCUGCAGGACUCUCUCGGUGGAAACUGCAGGACCACCAUCAUCAUCUGCUGCUCGCCGUCUGUCUUCAACGAGGCCGAGACCAAAUCUACUCUUAUGUUUGGCCAGAGAGCCAAGACCAUCAAGAACACGGUGUCUGUCAACAUGGAGCUGACAGCCGAGGAGUGGAAGAAGAAGUACGAGAAGGAGAAGGAGAAGAACAGAGGUCUGAAGGUCAUCAUCCAACGGCUGGAAAAUGAGCUGAAGCGAUGGAGGAGAGGUGAAGCAGUUCCGGUUGAAGAGCAGCAGAAAAGUAAAGAAAUGAAGAACUCAGAAGCCACACCCACGAUCGAAAGUCUAGCUCCGCCUCCUCAACCUCUCCAUGAUACAGAGAAAACCCAGUAUGAAGAGCUGAUCAAUGAGCUCUACCAGCAGCUCGAUGACAAGGACGAUGAGAUCAAUCAGCAAAGUCAGCUGGCAGAGUCACUGAAACAGCAGAUGGUGGAUCAGGAUGAGCUGUUAGCGUCGACGCGGCACGACUGUGAGAAGCUCCAGGAGGAGUUGAUGCGUCUGCAUCGUGAGCACGAGGCAGCCAAAGAGGAGGUGAAGGAGGUGCUGCAAGCGCUGGAAGAACUUGCUGUCAACUACGACCAGAAGAGCCACGAGCUGGAGGAGAAAGGAAGGAGUAACAUCCAGCUCAGCGAUGAGUUAAUACAGAAGAGUACACUUCUAUCCAGCGUAGAGAGGGAUCUGGCCACGCUGCAAGACGUGAGUGGACACCAUAAAAAGAGAUCAGCAGAGAUCCUGAGCAUGCUGCUGCGAGACAUCGGUGAGAUCGGCAACGUCAUCGGCACCAGCGACCUUAAGACGUCAGCGGAAGGUCCCGGAGCGAUGGAAGAAGAGUUUACCAUGGCGCGCCUCUACAUCAGCAAGAUGAAGUCAGAGGUGAAGUCGCUGGUGAACCGCAGCAAACAGCUGGAAGGAGCUCAGGCCGAAACGACACGAAAGAUUCAGGCCAACGAGAAAGAGCUCGCAUCCUGCCAACUCCUCAUCUCACAGCUUCAGGCCAAGAUUAAGUCCCUGACCGACUACAUGCAAAACAUGGAGCAGAAGAAGAGACAGCUGGAGGAGAGCCAGGACUCACUGAUGGAAGAGCUGGCGAAACUCCACGCUCAGGAAAAUAUGCAUGAGGUGUCUGUGAUGGACAAGGAGAAGGAGCACAUGAGCCAGAUGAAGGAUGCUGAAGAGAUGAAGACGGCAUUGCAGGAGCAGAUGGAGAGUCACCGCGAGGCCCAUCAGAAGCAGCUCUCACGCCUCCGAGACGAGAUUGAUGAGAGGCAGAAGAUUCUGGAUGAGCUGAAAGAUAUGAAUCAGUCUCUUCAGCUGGAGCAGAAAAAGCUCAUGUCUGACUAUGACAAGUUACGACAUGAGGAACAAGAGAAGGAUGAGAAGCUUCAGAAGCUAAUUUUGUUAAAUGAAAAACGGGAACUGGUCAAGGAGGAUCUGAAGGGUCUUGAGGAGACUGUGGUAAGUUCACAGUGCACACGAUCCAACAAUUCCAUGCUAAAUACUUGCUUUUUACCAGCAUUAUUUCUCCUGCUUUCUCAGACAAAGGAACUCCAGAGUCUCCACAAUCUGCGUAAACUCUUCAUCGACGAUCUUAACACACGUGUCAGUACAAAUAUAGAGUUGGACUCGGAGGAGGCAGGAGGCAGCCUGGCUCUGAAACAGAAGAUCAUUUUUCUGGAGAACAAUCUGGAACAACUCACCAAAGUCCACAAACAGUUGGUGCGUGACAAUGCAGAGCUGCGCUGCGAGCUUCCUAAGCUGGAGAAGCGUCUACGAGCCACGGCUGAGCGAGUAAAAUCCCUUGAGUCGUCAUUGAGAGAAGCGAAGGAGAAUGCCAUGAGAGACCGAAAACGCUACCAGCAGGAGGUGGAGAGGAUCAAAGAGGCAGUCAGGGCCAAAAACCAAGCCAGGAGGAGCCACACAGCACAGAUCGCCAAGCCUAUUCGUGCUGGACACCACGCUGGACAUCACGCAGCAGCCUCUGGCUCACCGAGCCAUUCCAUCAGAGGAGGAGGAGGAGUGCAGAACCAAUUUCGUCAUCACCAUCACCAGACUGGGGCGGCUCAGCAGCAGCAGCAGCAGCAGCAGCACCACCAUCAUCACCACAGCAGCAGCAGCAGCAGCAGCAACAACAGCAGCAAAUAAAGGAUGUCAGGAGAAGAACAGCAACAUGUCCUGGGACCAUUUGGACUUUCAGUCUUGAAUCCACAUGGUCAUGUUUUUGUAGUUCUGGAAAACCGACAAACUGCUGUGAAGCCUCUGAUUACAUUCAGUACCGGAUUUACGUCCUUAUCCUGUGGUGGACUGGUUUUGUUCUCUCUCUCUCUCUCUCUCUCUCUCUCUCUCUCUCUCUCUCUCUCUCUCUCUCUCUCUCUCUCUCUCUCUCUCUCUCUCUCUCUCACUCACUCACUCACACACACACACACACACACACACACACACACACACACACACACACACACACACACGCUCAUUGUGACACUCUGACACAUAAAACUGACUCUCAAACACACGUGAAAACAAGAUGCAAUCUAAUACGUUCGACUGAGCACGAUUAGCGUAACCCUCGCUAGUCCCAAAACCUAGAGGGUUCUUUCCUGCUAGCUACUCGUGUGAUUAGUGUCUCGUAUGACUUAAAUAAAUCAGCUAAAUCCUUAAAGAAAGCACAGGAAGCUAAUCACAUAGGACCUCUGGCUAUAUGUUACACCUCACUGACCUAAUGUUAGAAUGGUUGUUUGCUGCUUAACGUGUUUCUCAGUGUUAAUGCUGCUCUGUGUGUGUGUGUGUGUGUGUGUGUGUGUGUGUGUGUGUGUGUGUGUGUGUGUGUGUGUGUGUGUGUCUGUGUCUGUGUCUGUGUCUGUGUCUGUGUCUGUGUCUGUGUGUUUUAUGGGUAAUACACACAUCAUCAUCAUCUAAACAGACUUGUGUCUCUUGUACAGUUUCUGAAAAAACAAACUGGACUAGAAUUACAAUCGUGUUAUUUUAGUUGUGCCAAACAAUUGACCAAAAAUCCAGAUUGCCAACUGAAACAAUGGAGUCAUGAGAAUCUUUAACACCCUUAAGUGUAACUUGAGGGCUUUUCCUUGGUUCCUAGAACUGGCAGCAGCUCACUAUGUCUUUGGUUUUUAGUUUUUUAUUACCUGGCUAAAGCAUGUAGAGGCACAACAGGGAAUGUAGUCUGCUUUCGAACUCACACUGGUCUGAUUAAACUUUAAAGCAGGAGAUGAUGUCUGUGGUCAUGUGACCCCACGAUCCAGCAGAGAGAGUGAGAGAGUUUGUGUGUGUGUGUGAGAGAGUGUGUGUGUGUGUGUGUGUGUGUGAGAGAGAGAGAGAGAGAGAGAGAGAGAGAGAGUGUGUCGUGUGUGUGUGAGAGAGA